GAAGAAGAGAUGCAAAUGGACCAAAAUACCCUUCUGUUCAAAGUAUUCCCAUGCACCUAACUCAACCAAAAUAACAAAACCUACACUCACCUUCGCAUUAACUCUCUCUCUCUCUCUCUCUCUCCACAAACUCAAUCCUCAUCGAUUUUAGAGCUUUUUCUUUACAUGAAAAUGGCGCCUUACGCCGCCAUUUUACUCUCCUUUUCUUUCCUCUCCCACCUCCUUCUUCUCGCCAACUCCCAAACCUCCUCCCCGAUAUUGGUAGAUCCUCAAAAUCCGGACGCUGAGAUCAAAUGUGGAUCAUGCCCUUGUUCCAAUCCAUGUAUUCAACAACUAUCGCCACCACCGCCCCCUCCUCCUCCUCCUCCUCCUCCUUCUCCUUGUACUCCAACGGUGUCCUCUCGACCACCACCUCCUAGGUUUAUUUAUACUACGUCAUCACCUGCACCACCACCUCCAAGGUUUACUUAUACGACGGGUGUUCCCGGUAAUUUGUACGAGAUUGAUGCGAAUAAUAGUUGGUAUUACUUCUCUGGCACGAGGAGGACGCGGCCGGGCAUGGCGGCAGUUGCGGUGGCGAUUGGCUGUGGAGCUUUGCAUCUAAUGGGGUUUAGUAAGUGGUGAAGGAUGAAUAGCCAUAUAAAGCAAGUUAAUGUGUUGAAUUUGGUCUAAUUACUAAAAGAAAUAUAUUUACUCUUAGUUCAUCAUAAAGUAUAAGUAUAUAUAUAUAUAUUAUAUGAUCUUAAUUAUUAGAUGUCUAUUUAUUUA